UCAAACUAGCGAGCCAGACUCGUACGUGUAUGGACCCCUUUAGUCUUACAGGUGCUUACUGAGCUCAUAAGGCCACCUCCAAAAGCCAUUUGCAUUAAAUGCUAUAGGCCAAUGACUUAUAACGAAAAGAAUUGUAAAACAAUUGCACUUACAUAUUUACCCCUUGAUUUUAAGAACAUCUGGAUUAAUCUGGCUCAGGAUAGGGUCCAGUGGAAGGCCCUUGUGAACAAGUAGAUGUAUAUUCUGAGCAUUUUGAAGCUGGGGAAUUUAUUAAUUUGGUGAGAGUGCUCUCCGUCCUCUUACUUCAACAAAUCACACAGGAUGGAAAAGCAGUGUUCUUUCAUUCGUACUGCGAGAAAGACUUCCACAGCUUGGGAGCAACGCAACAAAGAACAAGAAUUUCAUCCUCUUCUUAUUUCUAGCUCUAGCAUGGCGCUACUCAUGUUAUGGACAGCAAUUCCUGCUUUGAUGUUUGGUGUCGUGAUGUGUGAAGCCCCGCGCUCGUAUCCGGCCUCGGGCGUGCCAUUCAACUCUAUCGCGACCGCCCCUAUCAAACCAUACGUGCAACAGUACGCCGAGCCUUACAGGGAACCCCCGAGUUACGGCGUGCAGACCGGCUACGAGGGAUACCUCAUUCCAGCGCCUCUACCGGAGGCAACGGAUUCUGAAGGAGGAGGUUUCUUAAGUUUCCUGGCCGAUUUGGGGCAACUUCUCGGAGGACAAGCAGAUUCUGGUGUGCAGAGCGUUCUAGGAGGUACUGGUGACAAUGGAGGACACAGCCUUAUCGCGCCGAGCCCGUCGCUACUGGUGCCUCUUCUGCAGAAUCUCGCGCUGCCUAUAAAGUUACUCGGAAGGCUGGGCAUUUGGAUGUUCCCGCCUGUUUCUCUAUUACUUCUUGGCGGCGCCCUGACUGUGGCCGUCUGCGUCUUUACGCCUGUCUGCACGCUUUCAUUCCUCGGCUUCGGCUUCUCAAAGGAGAGUGUCCGCUCAUUCAUCAAUCCAGACAGGCUCGCAUCUAUUUCGAAAUUUGUUACCGAUGCCGUACAUAAAUACCGGAAGAUGCAGAAGAGAGGUGCCAAGAAGGAAAUGAGGCGGCUUUCGAUAGACAGCAGUAAGAAAUCGGACGUACAACAGAAGCCAAAGGCGGAAGUUCGGAGAGAUUCCGAACCAAGGACAAAGUAGACCUAACUGCAUGAAUCAUCGUCAUUCAUUUUUCAUGUAUAUUGCAGAUGAAAGUUGCUGCCUUUCAGUUCCAAUUUUGAAAGUACGACCUUUGUCCUACGAUAAACAUCUUGUACAUUACUGCAGAUUGCAUUAGUGUUUAAUCUUUAACUGAUAAGAGGAGAAUGGUUAAGUUUAUCUAAUUCAAAAGUAAUAACAAAUAAAACGAGUCAUUAGCAUCAUCCAACGGCCAGGGAGUAUGGCUACUUGCUGACCCUUUUGUAGCCUCAUCAACCAUUAGUCUCUUCAAAGGUCUUCAAUGGUUCCUUCGUACGUGUAGUUUCCAGUUCUUUUCUAACAGUUUCGGGAGUUCCUUUCUGCACAUUAUUUUUGAAAUAAAUUAUUACUAUUCUGCCGUGAAUAAUCUAGGUCUACCAGUAGAACUAGACUUAUAUGGCUUAAAUAUAAGUUUGUAAUCAAAGUUUCUGACUUUCCACCUUUGGAAAGAAAAAGUCUUGGAAGCGUCCAUGCAUCCAAAGGCAUUUCUCCGUUCUUCUCAUAAAUUUCACUUCAGUAAUAUAAUUCUGGUUUUGCUUUUCGCAUUCACUUCCAUAUAAAAGUGUUGGUAAAGCUAGGAUAUUAUGGAAGAAAGUCAAUUGAAUAUUAUUAGCCUACUGGGCAAUUCAUUGCUGUUCCCACAGUACUGAUUCCCAGCGCGUAGGGCUGACAACCUUCCCGCCAUCUGUGAGCCGAUUGUCUAAAAAAUUUGGGAACCUCGACGUCUCAUAACCCUAUGGGUCUCCACGGCCUGUUACAGAGAUACCUUUACUUUUACUUUCUUCUUACAAUAUUGAUUUCAUCAACAAACUAGGAGCAGCUAUCGCAAAACACUUCAAUGGCAGUCAUUUCAUAUACAGAGCACAGAGUAUUUUAGAUAAACUAUUACCUAACGAAAAUAAAAUUUCAUAAAAGCAAACAUUUUUCAUUUACAUGCUAUAUUUUAAAAUUAACUACUCGCUAGAAAAUGUUUCAACGGGCACAUUUUUUUUCUUCCGGGUGAGGAUGUUAUGAUCCUACUAAGACAAAAUUACUGAUUGCAGGAGGUCAUAGACUCAAAUUUGUAAGAUUUUGUUUGGUUUUUGUUAAACAUUUUUUGCUAUAUAAAUUUAUAUAUGCAUGUAUAGAUUAUAUAGAAUUGAGUUUUAGAUUAGUGUAAGAUGUCAGUGACAGUUUUGUGUUUCUUAGAGCCUUCUGAUUGUUACGGCAAUUCUGUGUUCAGAAAAGCAUCAAAUUCCUUUAUUUCUGCGAGCAUUAGUAAAAAAAAAAACAACGUAAAGCUAUCCCUGU